CUUUUACUGAACUUGGCAGCGGGCUCCUUCUUCUCUUCAAGUGGCAGCGGGGUUGAGGAUAGAGGUCAAGGGGAGGAGGGGCAGAAGGGUGUACGUGCUUCGCCAGACAUCUCCGUGCGUGCAUGUGUGCACAAGCUGUAUUUUCACGUUGGCGGGGGGAAGAUCCAUCUGAUCAGGUGGCUUUUUGGAAGUGACCUGUGCCAUGAUUCAUCAAGCCAUCAUCGCGCGCGUCAUUGACGGCCUGCCCCUGGCGGCGUCCAUGGAUGACAACGAUGAGAACUUUGCGAUUUACAAGCAACAAGCCAAGACGCUCUUCAAGAAACUCAACGCCUCGUCUACGCCCCGUUGCACGGUCAAUCUCUCCGACCGCCUAGUCUUCCACUACACGAUCGAGGCCGGUGUUUGCUAUCUGGUACUCUGUGACAAGACCUUUUCCAAAAAGCUGGCCUUUGGGUAUUUGGAAGAGCUACAGCGCGAAUUCUCUGAAAUGUACGGCAACCGCAUUGAUACGGCUGCACGACCAUAUGCCUUUAUCGAAUUUGAUGGACGCAUGCAGAAGCUGAAGCGAGCAUACGAGGACUCACGUGCAACCAACCGUCUGGACAAGAUCAACGCCGAGCUCAUGGAUGUUCAAAGGAUUAUGGUCAAGAACAUCGACGAAGUCUUUGAGCGCGGGGAACAACUCAACUCUGAGGAGCACAAGCGAGCACAGCGAGAAGCCCAUCAUCAACGCCAAGACCUCAUGAUGGCCGCGCAAUCCCUACAACACCUCAAUGCCGAGGUCAGCGACGACCAUCUGGCAGGACGCUGGCGCAACGCGUCGCAAGCUGAAUGGCACAUGAUCUUUGAGAGCCGGUUUGCAUUUCGCGCAUACAAACUUGAAUAUGUUCUUCAUGGUGGCAGCAUUGCCUUUGUUGGCGAUUCAAUCUCAUCGCAGAUUUAUGACGCAAUUCGCCAGCGCGCUGUGCGCGAAAAGUUCGGUUCGUUCACCCCUGGCCUGCUAGCCGCUUGGCCCAGUCUGCUUCACAUCGAGCUGAUUCGUCGUGGUCGACAGUGGCGGUCCAAUUUGCAGAGCAUGAAAUGCCCGCGGCCUGCGCUGCAGCCAGUCAUAUCUAUACUUCACGCCGUGUUUUUCUUUGCACAUCAAGCACGAGGCUACCCCCAAAGACGCGUUCGCUAUGUGCUGUUUGCUCAUCGCGACGGACAAACGACAACACAGGCCGCUCGCGCAGAAGACAUUGCCACACAAGCCAUGCCGCUGCAAGGGUUUACGAAAGAACAUAUUGUGGUUUGUUUCAUCUGA